GCUUUAAAACUUGAUUUUCACGUCGAUAAUGUAUAUAAAAAGCAUUUUCAGAGCGCUAUAACUGGCCAAAAAAGUGAAGAUUUAGAUUACUCGAAAUUUUUUGUCGAACACUUAAAAGGACAACCACAAUUUCCCUCAGUUUCUAAUAGAGAAGAUUACAUUAAUGGAAAUAAGGAGGAUGUAAAAAAAAUGGACCGAAACGAAUUCAGAUCAAUACCUCAGCAAUCUGACUCUAUAAAACAGGAUGAUAAAGACCCAUUAACAUUUUUAAUUGAUUCAUUCAGAGAUAUGCAACUUACAUUUGAACCACUUAUUCCGUAUAAACCAGUUUAUAUUGCAAAGCUUCCUAAUGAAUCGAUAGUAUGUAUACUUGAAAAAUUGGUCAUGGUAGGAGAUGUAACUUCCCUUGAAAGGUUUGGUUUAGUUUGCAAGAAAUUCUUGUUAUUGUCGAGAGAACCUUCAUUAUGGAAAUAUUUGUGUGAAAAAGCGUAUCGAUAUAGAAAUUUAGAAUGUAAUGAAUCAAAUAAAUUGUUAGCAAAAGACGUGGAAUUGUUGUACGCUAACGAUUGGAGAAGAAU